AUGAAUUAUGCAUUGCGCUUGUCUAAAAAUGAAAACAAAGGUCCACUAGGUGAAAAAGAAUAUUUUGAAGAUGACGAAGAAGAAAAACGCAAAGUAAAAGAAUUGUUAGAAAAAAUAAAAACAAGUGAAUACAUUGUUGUGCAUUCAGGUGCUGGUAUAUCUACCAGUUCUGGGCUACAGGAUUUUAGAGGUCCAACAGGGAUAUGGACAAAUGAGUCCCGUAACGAAAUAAACUACAAAAGAAGAAUACAAAACGAAAGGGAAAAGAAAAAGGGUGAGGUAAAGCAAAUGGAAAAGGAAGAGGUAAAGCAAAGGGAAAACGAAGAGGAAAAAAUAAAGACAUACAAGACGAUAAAAGGAUCAUUGCAGGGAAAAUAUGAAAAUUUAAAUUAUGCCACAAUAUAUUAUUCCUCAAAUAAUAAAGCAGAACCCCAAUUUAAUGUUAUUAAAAAAGAAAAAGUUGAAAAUUUUAGUGAAGACGAUAAAAUUGAAAGAUGCUCAGCCAUAUCUGACUCUUCUCUUGAACAUCAUAAAAGAAAUACAAAUCUAAAUAUGACCGACCACUACAAUACCUAUAUAGAUAUUAAAAAUUCGUUAAAGAGUUACAGUAAUGUGGAAGAGGACUGUUCACAUAAUAGCUCAGCUAAUAAUGCAGACAAGAGUGAAAAUGGAGAUAGCAGUGACAGCGCACUGAACAGUAAAAACGUGGACAGAAAAGAUAAAUCAUAUAGACCCUAUUUAGAUCCAAAUUAUUCAUAUAAUGAUAGCAAAGAUAAACAAUCAAAGAAAAGAAACAUAUAUAUUAAGAAGGAAAAUUCAAGCAGUAAUUCUCAGAAUAGCAGUUCAUUAUCAGAUAAUAAAAAUGUAUAUAUGCAUAAUUCAUCCAUUACUGAUGAAAAAACAAAUAUAACUAACCAUUUAAAGUCAGAUGAAAAUUAUGUAAUAUUUGGAAAUAGGAAAAAACAAAUUAUAGAUCUUCAUUUAGCUUUACCGACAAAAACACAUAUCAUGAUAAAAGAAUUAAUGAAUAGAAAUAUUAUAAAAUACUUAAUUACGCAAAAUAUAGAUUCCUUGCAUUAUAGAUGUGGAACAAAAUUUUCGAAAAUUUCAGAAAUACAUGGAAAUAUUUUCAUAGAAAGAUGUGAUUUUUGUGGUAGAAGAUAUUUAAGAGAUUUUGUUAUAUCUACAAUUAGUUUUAAGCCUACAGGUUCUUUAUGUUUUUUAUGUUCAUUUCCACCAGUAGGAAUUUGUACGGACGUCUUAUUAGACUGGAAUAAUGCGUAUGAGGAUUUUUUUCAUUUAAAUUCAAUCAAACAUUCGCAAAGGGCUGAUUUUCAUUUUUGUUUGGGUUCCAGUUUUUAUAUUGUACCAGCAAGCUAUUAUCCUUCCAAAAAGAAAUUUGCUAAUGAAAAUUCAUAUAGCUGUUUGAUUAACUAUCAAAAAUCGUCUUUAUCAAAAGAAGUUAAUUUAAGUUUACAUUCAAAUGUCAAUGAUAUUUCAGAUAUUAUUAUUAAUGAAUUUUCUCUUGAUCCAUUGUCUGUUAGAAAUGCUUUGAUUAUUGUAGUUAGAUGCCAACUAAUGGAUUUUGAUUUACUAUGUGAUGAACUAAUCACAGUUAUGAACUCGAACAAAGACCUAGAGUCUUUACGGGAAGUUAAAGAGGAAAUAAAAGAUGGUUAUAACAAUAACACAGAAGUGGAUCCAUCGUCUAAAUUUUCAUUAAAUAACAAUAAUAACAAUUCAAAUCAAGGAAAACAUUUUGACCAAGAAGGAAGUAGUUUAUUAAUUGAUAAAAAGGAAACUCUCAAUAAUUAUAGUGGUUAUAAGAAAGUUUCUCACGAUAGAGAUGACAAGUAUUUUUAUGGUACUAAUGGAGGAGAUGUUAACAGUAACAAUACUGAUAAUAACAAAAAAAAAAUAAAUAAAUAUAAUAAUAAUAAUGAUACGGACGAAGAGAAUUACACACCUUACAAUACCAUAAGUGGUAACGAUGGAACCGUAAAUGAACAAAAGUCCUCAAACAACACCCGGGAACAACUUUUUUUAAUAAAAUGUUCAAUGAUUAAAAAUAUUAAAACAGUCUCCUUGGACAGUUUAUGUAAAACUUCAGUAAGAGUAGUAGACAGCAAUAAAGGCAUAUGGAUAAUAAGAACGAAUUAUUCGUGCCUAUUAGAAAUAGAGUUAUGGUAUAAUUCUUUUGUUUUAUUAAAAUUAAAUUACAAUGAACAUAGUACUUUUAUUGAACUAAAUACAUGGAUUGUUAAUGUGGCCUACACUCAUGGUGAUGAUAUUGAUGACGUUGAUUAUUUCAAUAAUAGCAAAAAUAGUAUUAGAAGUUUUAGUUUGAUUAAAAAUAAAUAUUUAUGCCAUAAGAACGCGCACAAGUUCCUUGACGGAAAUGACUGUUAUGAAAGCAAAAGAGCGCAAAAUGAAAAUAAGUAUGGGGAAUUAGAAAAUAAUAAGGAUUAUAAUAAUGACUACGAUAAUAGGCAUAAUAGUAAUAAUAAUAAUGACAACAAUAAUAACGAUAUGAGUGAAAAUUAUUCGUGCUGUGAGAAUUGUAACAAACCUCGUUUGGAACAUUUUCAAAUUUCCGAAAUAUUAAAUGAACAUGUUCAUGUGGGCUAUAACCCAAUUAACAUCCAACCAAAAUCAAAAGUUGAACUGUUAGCAAUAUUAAGUAAUUCUAAUAAAAUGUACAAUUAUAAUAGUUACAUGCCCUUUGAGUUACCAAAUUCGAUUAAACUGUUAUAUAAUUUAUUUUGUUUAAUAAAUAAGUCAAAUAAAGAAAAAACGAACUAUACACGAGAGAAGAGAGAGAUUGAUAAAAUGGAAGUUUUUAUAAAGAGCCUUUCCCUUUCAAAAAGUAUUAAUAUAUAUACAAGUAAUUUUAUAAAUUUAUUUAUUCAAAAGCAAAAGCUUUCUUAUCAAGGUCAUUAUACAUUUAGAGAGAGAAAAAAAAGAAAAUUAAAUGACUUCAGCUUGUGCUCCUCUUCCGAUGAAAACAAGGAGGAAAAAUUUUUUAUUUUUUAUGAUCUUUAUAUGAAUGAAUAUAAGGAUUUGUAUAAAAUAAAAAUUAACAAAGACCUAAUCAAAAAUAAUUCAUUUAAUUAUCGAUUAAAAAAUAGCUAUUCAGAAGAAAGUAAUAUAAUAAGACACAAACAAGAUUUAAUAAUGCAGGAAGAAAUAAAUAAAUUAUGCAAAAUAAAUCAGUGUUCUUAUGUAAACGAAAUGAAUAUAACGAAAGAUAAAGAUUUUAUACAAAAUAUUGAGGAGUCGAGUUAUUCAGAUAAAUCUUCUACAGAAAAUGAAACAAUAUAUAAUAGUUACGGAAAUUUUCGUAAUGUGUACAACUGUUAUAGCAAUGCAAUAGCUACCGAGUGGAAUGAUAAUAAGCUCAGUUCUGAAAAUUAUAUGCAGAAAAAUAAUAAUUAUUAUAGUAGUAGUAAUAAUAAUAGCAUGCCAUAUGACGGGAAAGCUAUAAAUUCCGAUAUACUGCAAAAUAAAUACAUUGGGCAGAACUCUUGUGCCGAUCAUUGUAAAUUGGCAAAUGAUAAUAUAUCUUAUAAAGGAACUGUUAAUAAUCCUCUGGAAAAAAGUUAUAUUAGCACAGAAAAUAAAUGUGAAGACAGUGAUUGUUCCUACUCACAUUUCUUAUUUUGCCCUACAAUUUUAAUAAGUAAUAAACAUAAACUUGGAGAAUUAGUAUCUAAAAUACCCAAAUAUAUUAAACCUCAAAAAAUAUAUACUCCAUAUAGAAAACUUAUAAGGGAUAAAAAACAUUCGAACACACUGCAGAAAUGUAGAAAUGAAAUAUGGCACGAAACAUAUAAUGAUCUAAUAAAUAACAUAAACAAAGAGCACAUUAUUGAUUCUACCCUGUACAAGGAAAUAUGCUAUUUUCCUCUUUGGCUUUUGAAUUAUAUUAACGAUUUAUUCGAAUGUUUAUAA